AUGGCUUCACAAGCUCCGAUCGCUUCCUCGGGGGCAUCCACUACAGCCUCGUCGUCAUCAUCUCUCCUAGCAGACCCCGCUUUAGCACCUUUCCUCUCGCCAAACUUUUCAGCCAAGGCGUACCUCAACUCGACCCUCCCACCUCUCCUCCCACCUUCUGUUCUUUCUUCAGCAUCGGUAUCCAAGUCUAGAAAUCCCGAAUCUUUGUCUAGCCUAUCAGCCAAAACCACAACUCUUCUUUCUACUCUGGACCUUCAAACACAGCGUCUCUUGACGACACUACAAACUCUUACCGACGAGAUCUUACGUCUGACACCUCGCCUUGGCUAUGAGGUUGAACUUCUUCGUAGCGAUGUUCUCUCAUUGUCAACGACGUUAAAUACAGAUCUGCGACAGGACAUCGAGCACUUCCAACCCCCAGUAACCGAGGGCUCCGAAGAGCCCACCGAGACUACAGGGACCACCACUACAGACGCACCCCCUGGAAGUAACAAGCCAGAUGUCCUCUCGAAACUUGAAAUGCUAGCAACGGUUCGAGCGCGCCUCGAAGAUGUAAUCCGCAUAUUUGGCGAUGCAAUGGCUUGGCCUCUGAACGAUUCUCCGGAAGAGCCCAAGCUAGAAUCCAACAACCUGAACCCUCCUCUCGAAAACGCCUAUGGCGUUCCUGUACCUCCCAGAACCCCCUCCCCGAUUCGUGCGCUUGAAUCAAGUAAUAAAACUCAAAAGAAAAAAUCAAGCGCAAACCCUAUAGAAGAGAUUCUGUAUCUUUUAUCAUGCGACGACCUUCCGGCUGCUUCCACAAAAAUAAAGGAGUUAAAGGAGCUUGCUAAGAUCUUUGAAGGGACUGUUGAGGGGCCUGCUAGGAUCGCAGUUGUUGAGGCGCUAGAAGCGAAGGUUGCAGAGGAGGAGGAGAAGAAGAUGGCCUCAAAACGACAGCAAGAAAGAAGACAAGAAGCAGUGCUGGGCAAGGAAGAAGAGAGAAGGAAGGCUGACGAAGAGGCUGAAAAGGCAGAUUCCCAUGGUUGGUCAGGUGGCAGAGAUGGUUAUUACGGGCUAAUUAAUCAGUUGUCAAGGAUGAGGGGAGGCAUGACAUAG